CGCUGCCUUAACAACUGACGGUUAUGACAAUCCAGCUCUAAGAUCGAACACUGUGGUCUUAAAGUAAAAAGAGCCAAAGCAGAUCUACUUCAGGUAAGAGGUAUUUUGUUUCUUGUGUAUAUAUGCGUCGAACAGAUCGUGCCUGUAUCAAUAAAUGUUUAUUCUGGCAUUCUGCGGCUACUUUUGCAAAUGCGCUCAGACCCAGUGGGAUAUAAACUGCAUACUGAAUAUAAUUAUUUUGCGGUUACAUUGAAAAGGUUCCAAAAACGCCUAUUAACAUGUACGUAAUAUGUCGUCUAUAUGACGUGCAUUUACUUUAUCUUUGAAGUGAUUAGUAAGUUGUAUUGAUGGCUGUCUAUUUGGAAACGUUAUAAAGCAGACUAUGCUAGAUAAUAUCAACAUUCUUGAUCGAACGCAUCCUGGGGUGACUCCAGACCUCGUUAGCAUACCGCGCGGUGAAAAUACACAAUACUUGACCUAUAUGCCCAAAACAAACUAGUAGCUAGCAAUUUCAACCAUAUCAUUAUGUUUCAAUCUAACCACCUAAUAUAUGUCUAACUGAUCGAAUUCUGAUCAACUAUACGAAUGGUUGGCCGCAUGCCAUCCGAAAAAGGAGCUAUUCGGCUGUCGGUUCCUGAAAACUAUUCCGUCUAUUUUCGCACUGCUGAUCAAAAUUGCAUUCCGGUAAUUUUAAUAUGAAGAAAAUUCUAUGUUAUUUAGACGAUCAAUGAAAGCUAUUAUCGUAACCGUAGGAGCGCUCACCGCUGCCUUAUUCAUCUCGUGUUGUGUCGCUGUUGGGCCUUUUGAGCUUCCGGAUGGUAAGUUUGAGCUGCCUUUGACAAGUAUUAUUGCUCCUGUCAUCAAGGCCGCCUUUUUAAAUUAAAGCCACUUUAAGGGCCUGUUCAUAUGGGAAGAAGUUAUCCCGGUUAUCGAGAAAACAUUUCGACCAGUUGAUAUCGCCUUGUUAUGAAAAUAAUAUGAAAAGUUACACUGUAUUCAUAUGAGACGAAAAGUUUUCCCGUGUACCGACUACCGAGUUUGUACCGACUACCAAUGUUUUCUCGCUGACCGGGAUAACUUUUCCCCAUAUGAAAAGGUCCUAAAUGUCAAUGAUUCUUUAUGACCUUAUGUAAAAAUGUGGCAAUAGUUUUAGCCUAUCCGAGUCUUUCAAAAUUCCAUGACAAUGUAAAUAGCCGAAUUCAUAUUAGGGACGGGAAACUCGUCUGCGAAAACCCGUCUGAAUAUGAAUUUAGGGACGGGUAAAUUCGAAUUUAAGACAAGUUUCCCGUCUAGAUGAGAUUCCCGUCUAACUUUCCCGUCUGUUUAGACGGGUAAGUUAGACGGGAAAGUUCGGACGGGAAACUCGUCUGCGCCGGGAUUCAUAUUAGACGAGUUUAAUCCCAAGUCAAAGUCAAUGAGAGUUGAUUAGAAUUGAGAAGCGAGAGUUUGCACGUGAGUUUUCUAAACUCUCAUGCCCAAACGAGAACAAGAGUUGCAUGGGAGUUGAUGAGAGUUGACAGGAUAUUACCGCGUGAUAGUAGAAAUUCUUAUCAAGUCUCGUUAGAAUUCAAAUUUUUCAAUAUCAGUUCAAAGUCAAUGAGAGUUGACGAGAGUCGAUGAGGAUGGUAAUCAAACGCGAGCGGGAGUUGCAACUCUCAUCAUCUUUAGAGGUUUAAGUACGUUUCCAUUUUACAGACAAGGCAAGUCCUCCACCAACCUACGAUUUCAAUGGUUUUAACAUGACAUUGCGUGAAGGCGACAUUGUUGACCGAGGUGGCGACAGAAUCGGCGAGGCGGCUGCAGUGGGCGUACCUUGGAAGAACGGCCGUAUACCUUAUGUCCUAGAUUGCAGUAUAAGUAAGUUUCGAUGAAGUCGAUCACACUGACGUUUUCAAGAGCGAGCACAAAAGAAUUGGAUACAAAAUAAUAUACAACAUGUUCACUGUAAAUUAUAUUGCAAAACCCCAUAAUUUAUGAGAAAAAUUCAAAAGAACACAAUAUUUUAAUGAGGUGUUGUAUCCGCAUAUGCAAAAUUCUCCUGAUUUCCAUAAUCUUUUUCCUCGUUUUUCUCAGUUGAAAUCACUUCCUUUUAAAAAUUUGUUCCAAACCACGACUGUUUAAACCCAGGGAUGGAUUUACUGGGGGGGUGCUAUUUUUCAUGAUAAAGCAAAAAAAUAUUUGAGACAAAAUGAGAUACAGUAAUUUGAGUAAUAACACGAUGAUAAGCGAACUGCGAACAACAGUUAUAGAAACACAGUAAUCAAGCAAGUACUACUGUAUGUUGAUGGCGGGCGGCGCACAUGACCGACACAACUCUGCACCAGAGCUGGCAGAGCACCCCCCCCCGCCGGAUCCAUCCUUGUUUAAAUCCUUGCGUUUCACAAGCAAAACACAGCAUUCGCGUCCGUGUCGUCCAAUUUUUAUGACGCUUCGGCUUCGAGUUUGUAUAUCUGAUACAACAGGGUCGCUCAUCGGCUGUGUAUAUUACUUGUAAAUUCAGAUUAACGUAAACUUGAUAAAUGAUAGUACCAUUUUUUCGCGUUUCAGAAAACCUACCCGACGCAAUUAACUCACUGAACGACGCUAUCAAGGCAUGGCAUGAUAGAUCUCCUUGUAUUAGAUUUGUUCCGAAACAACCAAGUGAUGAACAUUUCGUUACUUUCUUCCGAGCUGCCGGGUGAGUAUCGCCACAGAAUAAAGAUCCAUACAGAAGGGCACUUACGUCGGAAGCUUUGAAGUUUCUGUCCUCGCGCAUUACGCAUGUUGGCCGCCAUUUUCCUAGCCAGUCAAUGACAUUUUCUGGCCAAUAGGCACGCUGUACUGGCUGGCUGUUCCGCCUUCAGCCCAGCCGAAGGCUGAGCACUAGGUUGAUAACGGCAAACUGAGGGCUUGAUAAUUCUUCAUAUUGUGCGAAAACCGAAAUCAAUAAUUGUUUUAUUAUUUAUUUAAAAAAUUAAAAACAAACAUUCGCAUUUUAUUUGUAUUAAAAAAAAACAACAAUUCCUUAGUCCUUUGGCAGCCGUCGUUGCGUCAUAUCAAUGGUGUCAGCGAGUCAAUAUGAUUCUCGUCGUCACAGUAAUAUGGCGCAAACGCGUCCAAAUUUUUUUCAUAUUGACUCUUUGACGUCAUUUUGCUAAUAUGAAUGUGAAAAAUCCGUAUUUGGUUAGCCAUUGAGUUGAUAUGACAAUUUUACAGUUGGCUGUUAGCCAAUCAGAAACCAGGAAUUUUUUCAAAUAAAUAAUAAUAUUAAUUAAUAAAUUAUUUACAUUCGGGUUAGUUAGUUGGUCAUUAGAUACUUUGCUAAUUGCCUAGUUUGUUGGCUAAUUUGUUAGUUAAUUAAGAAUUUUCUCCUCAAAAUUCACCUUAUUCUCUAUAGUUGCUGGGCGUCUGAUGUUGGAUAUCGUGGCAGAAAUUCGUUCGUUUCUAUUGGCCACGGUUGCGAGUACAAACACGUGAUGGUGCACGAACUUGGCCACGUGAUCGGUUUCUGGCAUGAACAAAGUCGACCUGACAGAGAUAAGCAUGUAAGAGUGGUCCCUGCGAAUAUUCUACCAAGUAAGUGUUAUUUUGAAUAUCUUGCUAAUAGUCCGUCUGACCCAACGCGAAAUAGCGGUCUUGAUAGGGGCCAACGCGCAAGUUUUAUAUUCCGCACGAAUUAUAUUAGAGAGGUUCAGAUUUGACUUCAACUAACGCUACCACUACCAACCUCUCACUGGCUCAGUACGCAUCUGACUGGUUAAUCGGAUAUAUCAAACGCAUCUGAUUGGUUAAUAGUCCCUUGAUGGUAGCGGUAGUGGAAGUCAAAUCUGAAUCUCUCUAAUGACUUGAACAGCCCUUCUGGGUCUUCUACUUUGAUUUCUUCCCAGAACUAGACUUUCCGUAGUUUUCUCCCUUAUCAUGUCCACCAUAAUUUUUUCGAUAUUUAAAUCUUCUUUCCCACCUUUCUCAUCACAUCAUCGUUAUCCUCCGUCCUCAGUUUUCCUUUGUCUCCAUCUCCAUAAUGUAUCCGUUCACUUUCAUAUCUUCUUAUUACAUGUCCAUAAUAUCUCAACCUUGCUUUCCUCGCCUUCUCUGUAAUAUCUACCACACCGGUACCACAUCUUCUGAUCUCUUCAUUCCAUCAUAUCUCUCACUAGCUCUCCUUCGUUCCUUCUUAUUACGUGUCCAUACAAUCUCAGCCUUGCUAUCCUUACCUUCUCUGCAAUUGCGAGGUUCAGAUUUGACUUCCACUACCGCUACCAUUAAGGGAUCAUUAACCAAUCAGAUCCGUUUGAUAUGUCCAAUUAACCAAUGAGAUGCGUACUAAGGUAGUGAGAGGUAGUGGUAGUGGAGGUCAAAUUUGAACCUCUAUAUUGUCUUAUCACGCCACAUCUUCUGAUCCUUCAUUCCAUAAUAUCUCUGACCAGCUCUCCUUCAUCUCUUAGAAUUCCAUGUCCACACCAUCUCAGCCUUGUUUUCUCACCUUCUCUGCAAUGUCUACCAUCCCUCACACCUUCUUCUGGCCUCUUCAUUUCUCAUCUUAUUUCUAUAUUCUUCAGUGGAGCCCCCAGAAUCCAGAUGUCUUAACAGCCUAAUUACUCCAUAGGUUUGCUGUACAACUUCGACAAGGUGACGUCAAAAACAGAUAGCCAUGGCGAGGAUUAUGAUUACGCAAGCAUCAUGCAUUAUCCUUUCAAUGCGUUCGCUUUAGAUCGUGCACGGCAGACACUGAUCCCACUGCAAGGACUGAAUGGGAAAAUACCUUAUGUUAAGUUGAGUGACUCUGAUGUCGCACAAGCCAACAAGAUGUAUAAUUGUAAGUUUGGAUCACAAAAUGUUGUCCCAGAUACAUCGUCGAAUUUCCUAUAUUACAACUGUAAACUAGGAGUUAGUUAAUGAGUUAAUGUAUGUGUCUUUAAUGGACCUUUAACCUUAUAACUAAAAUUUUGAUCUGGACAAAAAUUUCAUCACAGCUUUAAAGAGCAUCACAAAAUUAGUAAUAUUCCAAAGUUUCGUUACGAAAUGUUGUAAAAUGCGGAUAAUAUAGCCCUGCGAAGUUUGCCGUUUUUCAGUAAUUUUGUAAUACAAACGGGAAAUUGAUACCCAACACCCGAUUGGGGCUGUCAAUUUCCCGUUUGUAAUACAAAAUUACUGAAAAUUGCAAAUUUCGCAGGGCUAUAUUAUCCGCAUUUUACAACAUUUCGCAACGAAACUUCGGAAUAUUACUAAUUUUGUGAUGCUCUUUCAAGCUGUGAUGAAAUUUUUGUCUAGACUUGUCUAGAUCAAAAUUUUAGUUAUAAGGUUAAAGGUCCAUUCCCAUGGACCGAGAAUCCUCCAUUCCUACAAUAUGCGGCCGUAUGAUUAUAAUUGGGGCUUUGGUGUCGCAGUCCUCAGAGCACACUUCUGAGUUCUUGGGUUCGAAUCCCGCUACGGACUCAUGUGAAAAGAGUCAGUCAACGCUCUGCCGAAAGUCGUGAGUUUUCUCCGGGUGCUCUAGUUUCCUCCCACAGGAAAAGUUGACAGGGUGGGUUAGGAUAAACACGGUUAAGAAAGUAAUAUCUCAAUUGCUGUAAAGAUAAAAUAAUCUAGGCCGGGUAUGUAAUUAGGUAAGCGUAUUAUACUUGAUGUAAAGCGCAUUGAAUCAUAUCCACAUGCUUUUGCGCUAUAGAAAUGCUAACCGUAUAAUCGGAAUUUUACCUCCAGUGACAUGUGAGAAGAGUGCUUCCAGUUUGACUCUACCAAACACCGCCGGAUCUCUCCUGGUACUUUCGGUUUCACCAAGUAGAGGUGGUAGUUAGAGCUAUCCAGUAUAUGAAUAAAUAAAAUUAGUUUAAAGGGGCAAUGUCACCGAUAUUUGAGCAAUUCUAACCCUCGCAAAUUUUGCCCAAAACUGAAAAAGAAUGAGUGUAUAAGCACAAAAUAAAGCAAUAACAGACACAAAAAACAUGUACAGAAGUCUGGAUGGGCAAGAUUACGUCAGGAUUGAGAUGGAUUGUAAAUGGCAUCUUGAUUAAUUGUUGGCAGACACUUUUUCAAGUUUUAGUUAAUUUUUAUGAAAAUGUCAUGUUACAUGUUGCGUGGAAAUUCAAAGUUGUUUAUAUCAUACCUUAAUCCAUUUACAAUGUUUAUUUUUAACUUUGUAGUUCAGUUUUUGAAUAAAAGGCAUUUUAGGUAAAAAAUCGGUGACAUUGCCUCUUUAAUAUAAGUUUUUUUGUUUGUUUGUUUUAUUGUUCUUCUAGAUUAUUACAAAAUUAAAUAAGUUUUGUCUGACGUUUCGGUUUCCUAUAUGAAAACAAUUUUCGAAGACUUGAACGUUUGUUCAUUUUAUCCGUAAAUAAAACGAACAAACGUUCAAGUCUUCGAAAAUGGUUUUCGUAUAGGAAACCGAAACGUCAGACAAAACUUAUUUAAUUUUGUAAUAAUCUAGAAGAACAAUAAAACAAACAAAGAAUGAAUGAACCUGGAUUCAAACCUUUUAACGAAUAAGUAAUUUAGUGAAGGACAAAAGGUUAAGUCAGCCCCUUAAUUAUAAAUAUUACUUUCUAUUGUUAUUAUUUUCUAGGCGAUACUCCCGAUCUGGCAAAGAAAAAGGACGGUUAGUUUUGUCUUUAACUUUGGCUUGUUCAGUAUAAAUGUUCCCAACUAAAACAGUUAUAUAUUAUCCACUUUAGAUCGUGAUCGUGAUUGCAUUGAUGAACAUCCGCUGUGUUCAGAGUGGGCAAAUGCUAAUCACUGUUUCCGCAACCCAGAGCCGUUACUAUUGUUUUGCAAGAAGAGUUGUGAUAACUGCGGACCUUGUAUAGACGAGUCGUUAAAUUGUCCCAAACGUUAUGACUAUUUCGACUGUGUUGGAAAUGCUAACUUUGCUUUAAGAGAAUGUAAGGCCACGUGCAGAGUAUGUAAGCCAGGUAGGUUUUCCAAUCCCUGUGAUGGAAGAUCAUUGAUGCAGCGAUUUCAGAGAUGUACAGAGUGAAAAUACAAAGUAAUUCAAAUAAAGAGAUAAAAGAACACGAAAUUAACUUUCUAGCUGAAUAGCUUUAUUCGAGGGUGUAGUAAAAGCGUGCGAGGAUUUUAGGGAUUUUUUUGCGAGAUUUUUAAAGGAUAUUUUUGGCUAGAUUUUAGGUGGAUUUUCCAAGAGAGUUUGAGAUUUUCAGCUAUUUUUGUAGGAUUUUUCAGAUUUUUCAACACGCCCACAUGCAUUAAUCAUUGUGUUUCCACAAGCAAGAUAAAUUGUUUAUAUCAACUGCAUCUAAUAGCGCACAAUAAUAUUCUUACAUUUACCUUAUUUUCAGAUCCAACACCCCGACCAACAAAACCACCGACAGACCCUCCAACCCUCCAAGCUACUGAUCCCACAGUUAUACCUCUAACUCAGCCAUCCACUGCAGCCCCAACCACCGUAGCCCCAACCACCGUACGACCUGAAGUAAAAAACACCAUAAUUACUCGUCCAGAUAAAGAUUACUUUGGUACGUUGACUGAAAAAUGUAGAGACAGCAGAAUAGACCUAAUCCACUAAUCCGCGUGUUUGUGCUUGCAAUGGACCAUUUGCAUUAUAGACUAAAUUUUGGUCUAGACAAAAAUUUCAUCACAACUUGAAAGAGCAUCACAAAAUUAGUAAUAUUCCAAAGUUUCGUUGCGAAAUGUUGUAAAAUGCGGAUAAUAUAGCCUUGCGAAGUUUGCCGUUUUUCAGUCAUUUUGUAUUACAAACGGGAAAUUGAUGCACCAACACCCGAUUGGGCUGUCAAUUUCCCGUGCGUAAUACAAAAUGACUGAAAAAACGGCAAACUUCGCAAGGUUAUAUUAUCCGCAUUUUACAACAUUUCGCAACGCAACUUUGGAAUAUUACUAAUUUUGUGAUGCUCUUUCAAGCUGUGAUGAAAUUUUUGUCUAGACUUGUCUAGAUCAAAAUUUGUCUAUAAUGCAAAUGGUCCAUUGCUGCCACACAAUUCACAUUUUCAGAUAACUCACCAACAUAUCUAGCUACCAUUUCUAGCUACCAUAUUUUCAGAUAACUCACCAACAUAUCUAGCUAAUAUUUCAAAUCCGACUAUGAGGACUGGAGUAGAUUUCAAGUCCGCACAAUUUGAUCAAAUUGGAGUCCAGUCCUAAUUGGAGGAUUUGAAAUGACAUCUCAUACGAAUAUAUCACUACUUAAAGUGAGGUGAAUUGAUUUUGAUCCAGUCCUAGGACUGAAUGAAUAUUCUUCAUCAGAUAUCCAGUAUUCUCAUGUGAGCAAAAUAAAGCAAUAUGGUUAGCUAAUAUUUACUCACAUGCCUAGUUAUUACUGUCCUGAUAAUGUAAGCAUAGGUUACAAAGGUAACCAAGCGUUUAAAUUACAGAAACAUUUGACUUUCUAGCCAUUAGGCUUUCUGUUUCGUAGCCAUGUUUUCCCAAAGGUGGGCUGAACCAGGAAACAUUUUUCCCUGGCCAUGUUUCCAAAAGGUGGAAAAACCAGGAAACAUUGUUUCCUAAUCAUGUUUCCCCAAGGUGGAUAAACUAAGGUGGCUAAACCAGCUAGGAAACAUCGUUCCCAGAACAAAAUCACACGACACAUUUUUGCUUUCAACGAAGCAAAUUUUGUUUCUGAAACAAUUUAUAACGGUGGGCAAAGAGGGGUUGUAUUCAUUUCAGGAAACAUUUAAGAGGAGAUUUUUUGUAUGUUACGUAACACGCACUCAAAACUAAUGUGUAUAAUAUACCACUUGAGGUUAUGACUAAAUUCAAAAUUUUUAUUUUUCGAUACGUUUCUCAAUCGGCAAACAAACUUAAAAAGUAUGUUUAGUGCUUUAUCUGUAAAAUAAUGCUAAUAUGAAGAGAUUUUAGAUGAUACGCCAAAGAGAAAAUGAUGUCUGAAGUUCAGUAUAAGUUUUGCUUAUAUGGCUGUAAAUAUGGCGUCAAUUUUAAAGCAUCAUUGCUAAUUGUAUUUUAAUUGACAAUUUUUAACUAUUAUUUUAUGUUUCUCAACUGGCAGAUGCAUUUAAAAAGGUUGCUAACUCUAUAAACUAGAGAAUAAAGCUAAAACAAAGUAAUUUUGAGAGGAACGCCAAAAAGAUGUUAGGUUUCGAACACUUUUCAUUGCAAAUACGUGACAUUGAAAAAAAUUGCCUCUUAAAUUUCAAUAUUUCUGCAGCAAUGUUUGAAUGCUUCCUAGCUUUCUCUACUGCCUCGACAUCAUGUACCUAGACACUCCUAUAGCCAUGAACUGCCAUUCCUUAUGUACUUAUUUAUUUCCUAGGUGUGAUAUGUCUCGAUCGCAAUGAACUUUGUGAAGCUUGGAAAAACGAUGGUCGAUGCGAAGCAGACCAGUGGGUUUAUAGAAAUUGUCUGGUACAAUGUAACAGGAUUGAUAUUUGUGAUAUAGAAGCAUUUUCUCCGACAGGUAAAGUUGUGUCACCGAGUGUUUUCUUUGUUUUUGUACUAUAGUCUUCAAGCAAUGUGCCUUCGUUGAGAUCUUAAACUAUAUCAUUAGCACGUCUUUCUUACUUUUAAACGAUUGACAAGAUAAAGAUGUGCAUACUGAUGGUUACAUUUAAAGUCUUUAAAAGCAAGCGUGGCAAUUUUGAACUUGAUCCUUAAUCGAACAAGAAGCCAGUGUAGUUUUAUGAGGGUCGGAGUGAUGUGAUCAUGCUUAGGGAUAGAACAGAUAAGACGUGCUGCUGUAUUUUGUAGCCGUUGUGGUUUAGACAGAUGUACAUCUGUGACACCAAAUAGAAGACUGUUACAAUAGUCUAUCCUUGACAUUAUUAAUGCUUGUACCACAGACUUUCUAUCUUCAUAGCUUAAAAACAUUCGAAUAUACGUCUAAUGUUAUGAAGAUGAUAUACUAGGGAUUGACAAGUUUCAUUUAUAUGAUGUGACACAUUAAUUUUGUUAUCAAACCAUACACCAAGAUUUCUGCCACAGGAUACUACUGGAACAUCAUCUUGACCAAUGACAAUACUAGAGAUGUUAACCUUUUUGAGCUGAGCAGCGGUUCGAAUUAUUAAAAACUCUGUUUUCCAAUCAUUUAGCUUAAACUUAUCAACUGUCAUCCAAGUCUUAUAAAUUAAUUAUUGAACCAAAUGGCGCAGUAUGGGCGUAAGGCAGCACUUCCCUUGCGAUAGUAAUUUCUAGUUUAAUGCUUGCUAAAUCUUUAAUUACGUUUUUGUUUGCAGGCACAUGCGCAAGCUCGUUAGGGCUGAGUCGUUAUUACAAGAACGUGGCAGCUCUCCCAGACAGCAGUUUCCAAGCUUCUUCGUCGUUCUAUCCAGGUACGUGAUAUAAUGAAAAUGAAAAAGAAUUAUGAUUUGAAGUGUUGAUGGCUAGAAUAGCUAGAUGUAACGUUCAGUGUGUCUUCUCCUCUGUUACCGGGGC